UUCGAGCUUCAAGUGCUGUACACGCUGUAUUUCUGCAAUUUGUUUUCUCUUUGGAAAUUCUAAUUAAGUUCCGAAACUGUCCCAACAAUGAGUGGCUCUAAAUUGUCGCAAACACUCAACAUGUCCCUCGACGAUUACAUCGCCAGAAAGGGAAUCGUCUCGAGCCUUCGGCAGAAAUCUACCGAUUCUUCCGGAGAGAGCCAUUUCAAGCGUCCGAUGCGGUCGGAAAUGGACAACGAUGAAAAUGAUGACGAUCUAAUGUUCGAAGACCGUUUGGGUAAGGUAAUGGAUACGGAAGACCCUCCGAUUUCGAUCAUUCGCGAAGUGACGCAAAACGACCAAGGUAAAGUAGAGGAAAUCGACAACGAGAAGAAGCCGACCAACUUUUCGAUUCAGGUGGACUCGGAACGGGAGUGCCGCACGUUCACUACGGAGGAGAAGAGGCGUGGUAUAAAGCAACUGCCCUCGCAACAGUGGCGCCUCCGGCGGGAGAAUCAGGUUUCAAAGAAACCGACCGGCAUCCCACCGCUGAUUUCAGUCAAGUCGGUCUUUGAUCGGAACACAGAUCAGCUGAUCGCAUCGUUGAGCGAGAACACCAAGUUCCAGAAUGUUGAUGCCCAGAAUCGUGCCACCCAGCUUCAAAACAAUAAGCGUCAGUGGAAUAACAACCGUAAUCAGAAUCGAAACCGGUACUACGGCGUUCAGAACUGGAACAAUCAGAACAACAAUAAUCGUAAAAAUGCAAACAGAACGUCAGGUUUUAUGCCGAAUGUCCACGGUGCCCAAAUGAACAAGAAUCAGAUCAGAGAUCUGCGACCUUUCAUUACACCACCGUCGUCGAUGCUGCCGCCACAUGCUACUGCUGGGAGCGGUCUUUGGAGACCGCUGACGCCAUUGAAUCAACCGCGGCAGUUGGUAACAUUCGCAGACAUGCUUAGCCAAAUCGGCCAAGCGGCAGACAGCCAAAAUCGGGACACGUUUGCCGAUGUGAUCCGCAAUGUGAUGCAUAAUCAGCAGCAACAACAACCGCCGGCCGCGUUGGUGCCGAUAAUACCGGCGGACAAUUUCACCCGGAUGAAUCCGACCGAACUGAUGCCGUUUGCUGCGCAAACAAUGCUCAACCACAUCACGACGGUUCAGCAGAACUUUGGACCCAAGUACGAUAUGAAACUGCAGAAGGAGAUCCACUCGCUUCAAGGAAAAUCGAUGUUCUACGGAUCGAAUGGAGUGGUGGUAAGCUCGGACGGAACCGGUGUUGACAACGAACGGAUCAAACCGAUGACCACGGACCUGAGCAUGAAUAUGCGCUUCAGCUAGGAUGGAUCGGUUCCAGCGGAAUUCGAUUCCUAAUAUGUUGGGUUUUCCUUGAAAGUUGUGACAAGGUUUCUUUUUCGCAGUGUUUUCCACUCAAUGAAUUCAUUUUUAUUACUUAAAUGAGCUUAGAUCAGUAGAUCUAUCCCUUGAUAAUGAAAUUUUGUUUCUCACUAAGAAAUACAACAGUUGAAGGUAGUUUAAGUUUUCGCGGAAAAUGUAACAUCGCGCUGAUCGGAAGUAAAUACACAAUGGGAAUUUUUAUUAGCUG